AUGCUCAGGCUAAAGAAAAUCAAGCAGUUCGAUAGCAAAUCGAUUCUUGAAGAUGAUCAGUGCAGUGGUCAUGGUACAAUGGUAAAUAGCCGUUGUGUUUGCGAGCACGGUUACAAAGGGGACAUUUGUCAGUAUAAAACAAACUGUCACUUGGAUGAAGAUUGCCUUAAUGGCGGCAAAUGUAUAGCAGAGCCCAAUUCAGUCGUCUCAGCCAGUUGCUACUGUACAUACGGAUUCUUCGGCAAGAACUGUGAAUUGACCUAUGAACAUGGCGAUGAUGAAUGUUUCGCUUACAAAAGGCUCGACGAUAAACGAUUCACCGCUUAUGGAAUGUUUGAUCCGGCCUGCUAUAAUAAGGACAAGUUCAGCGACAAUGACUUCGUAUAUUACCGUAAAAUCAAG